AUGGCCCCCCCCGCCCAGCCUGGGGCGCAGGGCGGGCGCGGCUCUAAGGGGCCCCCCGCUCGAAAGCUGCUCUGCAUGUGCAGCCUCUCGCUGUGCCUCACCUACCUGUGCUACAGCCUGAUGGGGGGCACCGGCCCGGGCGCCCUGCGCUCCCCCGCCGGCCUGCGCGGCUCCCCGGUUCCCAGCGCCCUGCGCGGCUCCCCGGCUCCCAGCGCCCUGCGCUCCCCCGCCGGCCUGCGCGGCUCCCCGGCUCCCAGCGCCCUGCGCUCCCCCGCCGGCCUGCGCGGCUCCCCGGCCACCCCCGCGCCCCCCACUCGGGCCAGCAACGCCAGCCGCCCGGGGGUGUCGGCGGCCGCCUGGCUCCGGACCGCGCUGGCCCCCGGCGAGGUGAUCGCGGCGCAGAGCGGCGCCUUCGAGAGGGACCCGCAGGAAUCCAGCACCACGGACGAGGAGCUGAGCCGGGCGGGCAGCACCACGCCGGACUACGGCGAGAAGCGGCUGCCGCAAGCCCUGAUCAUCGGCGUGAAGAAGGGGGGCACCCGGGCGCUGCUGGAGGCCAUCCGGGCGCACCCCGACGUGCGCGCCGUGGGGGUCGAGCCCCACUUCUUCGACAGGAACUACGAGAAGGGGCUGGAGUGGUACAGGAACGUGAUGCCCAAAACUCUGGAUGGACAAAUAACGAUGGAGAAGACGCCGAGCUAUUUUGUGACCAACGAGGCCCCAAAGCGCAUUCACUCCAUGGCCAAGGACACCAAGCUGAUCGUGGUGGUGCGGAACCCGGUCACCAGGGCCAUCUCGGACUACACGCAGACGCUCUCCAAGAAACCUGAGAUCCCCACCUUCGAAGUACUCGCCUUCAAGAACCGGACCCUGGGACUGAUCGAUGCCUCCUGGAGCGCCAUCCGCAUUGGGAUCUAUGCACUGCACCUGGAGAACUGGCUGCAGUACUUCCCACUUUCCCAGAUCCUCUUUGUCAGCGGCGAACGGUUAAUUAUUGACCCAGCUGGGGAAAUGGCCAAGGUCCAGGAUUUCUUAGGCCUCAAAAGGAUUGUGACAGAGAAGCAUUUUUAUUUCAAUAAAACCAAGGGGUUUCCUUGUCUGAAGAAGCCAGAGGACAGCAGCGCCCCCAGGUGCCUGGGCAAGUCCAAGGGUCGAACUCAUCCCAAAAUAGACCCAGAUGUUAUCCACAGACUGCGCAAGUUUUACAAACCAUUCAAUGUCAUGUUUUACCAAAUGACAGGUCAAGAUUUCCAGUGGGAACAGGAAGAAAGUGAUAAGUAA